AUGGCCGCGGUGCGCAGUUCUCCUAAUGCGAAGCGACCUGAGUUUGAUACGGCUACUAAGAUUCCGUCCGACCGCCUCAUGAACCUAGCUUUGCCACCUCGAGAGGCUGCUCUACAGACACUUGCUGAUGUUCUUGACUCGACCGUCCCGACGCUCUUCACCAUGAUCUGUUCGCUUGCAGGCGUGGAUGAUGCGGCAACGCUAUGCUUCAGCCUCUAUUCUCGACCGGACGUGGUAUCCAAGUUCGCUUUCAUCACUAUACACGUCCUCUUCUACUUUGUCUUUACAGAGGCACACUCCAACUCGUGCAAAAGGGGAGAGGGGGGCGAGGAGUACGUGCCGUACAUCGACACCUGCCAGCUCAAUAUCGAGGCUGGAAUAGCCACCCUGCCGUUCUUUGUGCCUGCGACAACGGAGAACAUGCAGUCGCUGCUGCUUGGCGCUCUAUAUGGAAUCACUGCAUCGAAGCCGCGACUUGCACAGUACCUGGCGACCAAAGCGGCUCAGGUGUGUCAUCCAUGGGCGUACCAUCCGCCUAGCGUGGUCGCGCCAACACAGACAUCCGCCAUCCACCAGCUUCUCUACUGGAGCAUCUAUACAGUAGAAAAGUGUUUAUGCCUGAAGCUCGGUCCCGCCUCUGGCAUGCACGAGUACAACAUAACGCUGGAACCGCAUUUCCAAUUUGACGGCUUUGGGGCCCCUGCACCAUUGGCACUCUCCGCAUCAUGGAUCCAUCUUGCCAUGCUAGAGGGACGUAUUUACACAAAACUGUUCAGUCCGGAAGCAUGCAGGUGCCCGUCGCCGGAGAUGUCGCGACGCGCUGAAUCUUUGGCCUCCCUCUGCCAAGACCUCCGGCUGGGAUGGAUGGCGGGACGUGGCGACAGCUACAGCGACAUCAGGAACGCGGAGACUUCGCACCAAGUGCACAACUUUGUAAAGGGCGAUGAAAUGCACCUUUUCAUCGCACUCACGCUCGUCAGUCAAUUUAGUGCCUCUUCUGCCGAUUUUGGCGGGCAGUUCUCGCAUACAAGCCUCGAAGAAGCGCGGAGAGCGCUCAGCAUUCAUGUUGAGUGCAGCCCGCUGAUGCACCUAGGCCGCUAUAGCGCUACAGCAUAUGUAAAUUGGAACUUGCUUCUCUUACCGUUCGCGCCGUUUUUUGUGCUGGCUUGCCAUGCGUGCGCGUCAAAGUCGUCCUAUGACCUCCAGGAUCUCUACGCCUUCAUUGAGUCCCUCCAAACGGCCGACAUCUCUUCGGAUGACUUGACGUUCUUCAUUGAACUAUGCUGGUCCUUUUACAACGCGGCGUUGGCAUCCAUUGCCGAGUCAGAGUCCUCGUAG